AGCGAAGGAACGUCCAGUCGACAGCGACCGAGUUGAUGGAUAUUUGUGAUCGAAGGUUUCCCAACCAGUAUGUUCUUGUUGUGAUGAUGUUGGAGCCGAUAGACCAAAAGUACACGAGUCGAGUAGAUAUUGAUCUAAAGUAGUACAUGCGCACUAGACGUCGACCACACAGCAGCACGAUAUUAGAAUGCCGUCGACGAAGCGACGAAAAGUUCUUCAGGCCCGUCGGGUUGCCGCAGCGAAAGAAGGCAGGGAUCGCAAAGGAAGGGUGAUUUGUGGAGAAAAAAAGUCCGCAGCUUGCCGGACGGACGAGGGCCAUCACGCCGUCAGAAAGACAGGGAAUGCGAAGGGUAAGAGACAUCCGCCCGCCUGUGGUGCCCCGACCGGAAAUGAGUGUGCCGAAGAUGAAAACAGGAUCUGUCACGUGGCUUCUUUCCUGAGAAACUCGAUAAUUUCUAGCUCCAAGAUUGCUGGUGGCAAGACGGAUUUUUUCGAGUUGACGAAGCCCUGUCACGAUAUCUUUUGCGACUUGGCUCAAUUCCCGACACUGCGCCUAGAUCUUCGGAUGUUUCUUCCUCCGGAAUGUUUUGAAACUGAUGCCUCGACAACUGGUAGCGAUGCAGAAAUGGGGAAGAAGAAGAUCAAUAUCGAAGGAGCACAACAAGGAAGGUCAGAUGACACAACAACAGCGACAGGUUUCCCCAAGGCGGCUGCAUCCAACCCCAUACUUUUAGACAUUCAUCAGGACCUCCGACCAAACUUACAGCAUACCGGGGGAAUUGUCUGGGAAACGAGCUAUUUGCUGGCGCUUCUUUUAUGCCACAGGUGGUCACCGUCCGGCGCGGGAGCUGCGGACGGCCCCAUGUACGACAAAAAGGCGCGGAGGAAGUUCGCAAGACCGGACUUUCCGCAGACCAUCCUCGAGUUGGGAUCGGGCUGCGGAUUUUUAGGACUCGCUCUCGCAAAGCUGUUCCCAGAGGCAGAGGUGCUCCUUACUGAGUACGAGCCUGCCAUGGAGAACUUGACAAAGAACGUUGCCGCAAAUAAAGCAAAAGACGACCAGCAUCGUACUGAAAAUCUCGCCGCUUGUAAACAGGUGGACUGGCUGAAGACACAAAAGAACCCUACGGAACCAGACACACGCUUUCAGUACAUUGUCGCGACGGACGUCAUUUUUGACAAAAAACUGGUAGAGCCGCUGCUGAAAACGAUGUUCGCGUAUUCGGUGCGCAGUACCGACGUCUACCUGUGUGUGCAGGAGCGCUGCCAGGCAGCACACGAGGAGUUUCUUCGGCUGCGCCCAAAAUAUUUCGACCGGAUCGAGGAGCUGAAGCCUUUUUCUACGGAGGGGGCAGAUGCUGGGAAAGAAUUCCAAGCGACAUCAUCUUCGCAGAAUCCAUCAUGUGCAGCAUCUCCAGCGACAACAAAUACGCUCAGUACCAUCUCUACUGAUGCAGGGCGCAUGCGUCAUCUUCUGAAGACUUGUGCCACGCAGGAAGAGUGCCUGAUUUUCAAGAUAUCGCGCGCCCGCAUUGAUGAGGAGUGAUAUCAGAAUGAUUUUAUGGUAAUAGUACGACUAUGAACAAAAAGCGACAUGUGAGCUCUACUGCUGGAUCUGGAACUCUUUCAGGUGUAAAACCUGCUCGUAUCGACCCUCUCACAGGCAUGGUCCAAAAAUUUUUUCACGACCGGAAUGCUAUUUGAUGACCAUCAGCGGGCGACCGCGCGCCUGUUUUCUCAUGCCACGAACGAUG